UCGUUUGAUAAGAUAUACGCUUUCAUUAAGCCUCAGUAUUUCACGGCUGAUGUGCUGCCGCUGCUCAGUUGUAUCUCAACAAGUUUCACCCUUGGAUAUGUACUGAGGAGUCUUUCGACAGAGACGUGAUGUAGUCUAAGACUAACAUAAUAAAGUGCAGCAGGUCGCUCUCAUGUGCGCAUGGAGAAGGCAGCCUUUGAAGGGUGGCUGGAGUCAGUCUCUGCCACUUUUAUCACUCUAAAUGAUCAAGAGCGCAACCAGUCUCUGGAUCACCUAAUUUCUUUAAGUGGUGCGGCGCAGCUCCGCCAUCUCUCCAAUGGUUUGGAAGUACUGCUCAAGCGGGACUUCCUGCGCCUUCUUCCACUGGAGCUGGCCUUCUAUGUGCUGCAUUGGCUGGAUCCCCAGACACUCCUCACAUGCUGCCUCGUCUGCAAGGAAUGGAAUAAAGUAAUAAGCUCAUGCACGGAGGUUUGGCAGAAUGUGUGUCAGGAGUUGGGCUGGAGGAUUGAUGAGUCCAUUCAGGAUGCAACACACUGGAAGAAGGUGUACCUAAAGGCUAAACUGCGAAUGACACAGCUGAAGGAUCAGGAGGCUUUUGAGACGUCAUCUCUUAUUGGUCACAGUGCUCGUGUUUAUGCCCUCUACUAUAAGGAUGGCCUCCUCUGCACAGGAUCAGAUGACCUUUCGGCCAAAUUAUGGGAUGUGCGGACUGGACAAUGCAUUUAUGGAAUCCAGACACACACCUGUGCCACCGUGAAGUUUGAUGAGCAGAAGCUAGUGACGGGCUCCUUUGACAACACUAUUGCAUGCUGGGAGUGGAGCACUGGAGCUAAAAUUCAGCAGUUUCGUGGCCAUACAGGAGCAGUGUUCAGUGUGGACUACAGUGAUGAACUGGAUGUACUUGUCAGUGGUUCUGCAGACUUCACUGUGAAGGUCUGGGCCUUGUCUGCUGGUGCCUGUCUCAACACUCUGACUGGACACACUGAGUGGGUAACAAAGGUGAUCCUGCAACAAAGUGAAGUUGAAUCUAUGAUGCACAGUCCUGGGGACUAUAUCCUCUUAAGUGCUGAUAAGUAUGAAAUUAAGGUCUGGCCUCUAGGGAAUGAAAUCAAUUGUAAGUGUUUAAAAACACUGUCGGUGUCAGAGGACCGCAGCAUCAGCCUCCAGCCUCGCCUGCAGUUUGAUGGACGCCACAUAGUCUGCAGCUCCAACCUUGGAGUUUAUCAGUGGGAUUUUGCCAGCUUCAGAAUUCUCAGGGUGAUAAAGACACCGGACCCGGCAAACCUGUCUUUGCUCAGCUUUGGCCAGAUCUUUGCGCUACUUUUUGAUAACCACUUUCUGUAUGUGAUGGAUCUGAGGACAGAAGUGAUCUCUGGACGCUGGCCUUUACCAACCUACAGGAAAUCCAAACGUGGUUCCAGCUCCUUGGCAGGUGUGACUUCGUGGCUCAAUGGCUUAGAUGGAGGAAACGAUUCUGGACUAGUUUUUGCGACCAGCAUGCCUGAUCAUAGCAUUCACCUAGUACUGUGGAAGGAGAAUGGAUAAAAGUUUGCCAAGACUUUGAAUGCUGAAAUGUGCAAAAAUGAGCCACCGUUGAGAGUGAACGUAAACCUAUGAACAUAAAGAGCCGUGAUAGAGCCUACACUGACAAAAACAUUUUUAAAUCACAUAUUUCCCUCAGCAAAGAACCCUCAUCAAUUGGACAGAAAUAUAAACUUCCAUUGAAAAAUAAAGUUCAUAUAAAAUUCUUGGAUGCUUUCAGCAUGUGCCGUAUAUAAAGAUGAAGAACAUCUUCACCACUGUACAAAACGAACUGAAAAUAUCUCACAGGCCACUUCCACUGGUGACAUUGUUCCAGCCAGGCUUUGUACAGUACUUUUUGGUCUACGGUUUGUGAUGAUCCAUGAUUGAGUUGCCAGCGAAGUCGCCUCAAAGUCGCUGUCAACUACUUCGGACAAUUUUACUUUUUGCAGAAUGCAUGGAUGUCUGUGGGACAAUUAUUCUAAUUGGAUCAAUGACAUCAGCAUUAAGUGUCAUAAGGAGUUCAUGGUCUUGAGUGCUACUAGCAGGUCUUUAUCAGAAGCAUACGGUCUAUGUGAGCGGCCCCUAACCACCGAGCCCCAGACUGGUGCAGGACCAUCAAGAAAAAAACAUUUUCAUUUUAGUGUUAUUAUUGUGCAAGAUGUUUCAUUAUGAAAUAACGUUAGAUUAUCUUCCAGUUACCGUUAAUCCAUCCAGGACUUGUCUGGAUAAUUUGCAUCUGAUGUGAUGCCUUCCAAAAAAAUUGAGCCCACAAUCAAAAGCUGUGUUGAACAGUUAUACUGAAAGUACAGGUUUCUCAUGAAGGGGAACUAUCAGACCCUAAAUCCACACUGCAUAAUAUGUGGCACCAACCUUUUCAGCAAUACGGUGAAAUGUAUUUUUAUGCACUUUAUAUAUAUAAAUAUAUAUAUAUGUUCAUGUUUUAUUUUAUUGUAUUUCGCCUUGUUUUAUUUACAACACAUUAAAAAUUCUGUUAAGAAAAUAGAAUCUCACAUGAAAUUGGUCUUGUGGCAAAAAAAGCUGUUGUACCUCCGGGGGCUAAAUUGUGUGAAUUAUGAUCAUGACCAUUGACAAUGAGCAUGGCACACAGUGUGGCUGUGAACACUGUAUUUGAAAGCUUGUAUGAAUAAAAACUGUCUAGUUGCUCUGAA